AUGGUCAUCACAGGAAAUGAUCCAGAUUGUGUUGCUGAACUGAAGUCAGUUUUGGAUGCCAAAUUUGGAAUUAAGGACCUUGGUUCACUUAAAUACUUCUUGGGGCUUGAGAUUGCUAGAAGUAAGAAGGGUAUCAACUUGAAUCAAAGGAAGUUUGCUCUUAAUAUAUUAAAAGAAACAGGAAUGAGGGGAUGCAAGCCUAUUAAUUCUCCUAUGGAGCAGCAGCUGAAGUUGUCCAAGGAUUCUAGAGACUUGUUCACAGAUUUGAACAAAUACAGAAGACUCAUAGGCAAACUAAUGUAUUUAACCUUGAGCAUACCUAAUUUAACUUAUGCAAUAAAUAGAUUAAGUCAGUUUUUGGCUAAACCAAGGCAUCCACACAUGCAGGCAGCUACUAGAAUAUUGCAAUAUAUCAAGGGAACAUCAGGGCAAGGGGUAUUUUUACCUGUUGAUUCAGAUUUACAAUUGAAAGCCUAUUAUGAUGUUAAUUGGGCAGGAUGUCCAGACACUAGAAGAUCAUUAACUGGUUAUUGUUUUUUUCUUGGGAAUGCUUUAAUUUCAUGGAGAUCAAAGAAGCAGUCAAUGGUGUCAAGGUCUUCAGCUGAAGCCGAAUAUAGAUCAAUGGCAAGUACUACCUAUGAAGUAACUUGGUUAUUGUAUCUAUUGAAAGAUCUUCAAGUGAAGCAUGAUAAAUCAGUACUAAUGUACUGUGAUAACCAAGCAGCUUUGCAUAUUGCUGUGAAUCCUGUGUUUCAUGAGAGAUCAAAACACAUAGAGGCAAAUUAUCAUAUUGUGAGAAAUAAAGUUCUUGAUAGUACCAUCAAAACAUUUCAUGUUACUUUCAGGAAUCAAUUGGCAGAUGUCUUUACUAAGGCACUUGGUGUAGAUAAUCAUAUCAGAUUAGUCAAGAAGUUGGGAUUGAUCAACAUAUUUCCUCCUAAGAUUGAAUAUCCUGAUUAUGUGAACGAAGACCAGAAUGCAAGAGCAUUGCUCUUGAAAGGGGAUGUUAAAAUUUAUAAGCAUCCUUGGAAGAAUUAG